AUGAACCUGGCGGCUGGAAAAAGACCUAGAAACGUGGUUCACAAAGAUGAUGUUCCUCAAGAGUCUGUGGUCUCCUAUGACGUUUUUGGCCAGGAUCCUCUCGACCCAUCGUUUUGGUACGUCGACUCUCUGCCGGUAUCUACCCUUCUCAUCGGGUUGGAUAUCAUUUUGCCCAAAUAUUACCCCGAUUUCAAGCCCGACUUGGUGAUUUUGGGUCCCCAAGAAGGCAUCUCUUAUACCCCACAAGCCGCCUCAGACUACUACGAGUCGAUACAAGCCAUGGCAGCUAUUUCCGCUUCGCAAAACCACUCCACCAUCGCUGUUUCCAGCGAAGAUAAUCAUCACAUAUACUUUCAAGACGAGCACUUUUUCAAUGCACAACAAGAAAAACUCAAGCGGUUCAAGAAGAAUGUAUUUGCAAGAAACAUUCGCUUCACCAACAAAAAAAUCAUCGACUUGGUUACCAGUUUAGAAAAAAAGGCUGCCGGCAGUCUUCUCCUUCCUUCCCGAGUGGCACUCAACGUCAUCAUUCCAUCCAUUAACCACGAGUACUCGCAUUGUGCAACCUCCAGCAAUCCCAACGCCAAACUCAACCCAGAAUUCAAACAGGUGAUGUUUGAGAACGACGCUCCCUCAUCUGUCGUACCGCAAUCGCUUCCAAAGUACCGUCUUACUGAUGACAAGAUUCAAAGGCAGGGACUGUUGAAACUUUCUGGAUUGGAGAAAAGAAGCAUGAGCGAAGAAGACGAGAUUGUGGAGAAAAUAGAAGAUGCCGGUGAAGAGCAAGAGGUUUACGAAGAAAAGGAGCAGCCUACUUUCGUGGACAAGAAAUCCUACUACUAUCUCGAGACUCUUCGUAAUUAUGCCAAGCACCCAUUGGCUGCAUUCCACACCGAUUCCCAAAUCAAGGUGUUUGACAAAAGAAACCUUCACCAGUUGUCGGACAACGACGACUUGAAUUCCUUACUCAACAAUGUCGAUGAACUGGCCGUUCUCAACAACUGCCAUAUCAGUAUUGCCGUAAACCACAUGGAGCUUGGUUCUGGGCUUGGGCCAGAGGUUUUCGACGUGGAAAGUCUCUUUACGCAUAAUUAA